AUGACUUCUUAUCCAACCAUAAAAAAUCCAUUGAUUCCGAGCCCACCUCCCAAGCGGAUGUCUCGUUCGCGGCUUCUCAAUAGCUUUUCUAGUUCUUCAACAAUCAAGGCAUCCGUGUCUACUAGUACAUUUUGCAAAUUCAUGAGCAAAUCGCUCCUGCAACUGUCCAAUGCAAAAGUUGGCGUUUUAAUGACCCCUACCAGGCGAAUUAUGCCCACACCAAAUCCACCCUCAUCCCAUUCGGACUUGGUUUUGGUCGACGAUAAAAAGAAGAAAGACAUGUUUGGAAAGGUCAAGUCCUCUGUGGAACCAGUUGUGCACUACAACGGACCAUGUUACACGAUUGACCAACUUGCGGAGGAAAAACUAGCGUGGAUAAGAGAAGAGCAUACUGCGGGAUUUCUUGGUCAGAACUUAAAGAACACCCUGUCCGAUUAUGGCCGGUUUAUUGUGCUCUGUAAGCCUUACGCUUCCAGCCAGAUAAUUACAAACUCAUGCCAGAUCGUUAAGAAAACUCAUGGUCCAAAAGCCAUGUUCUACUUGAGACGUACUGUUUUCUGCCCAAUUAAUUGGAGCUCACUACCCUGCAAAUUUCGCUGUAGUGUUCAAGUUAAUCAAGAGUUUUGUAUGAGCUCAUAUGCCACGAGCGAGAAACGUGGAAAUGAUGUGAGUGAGCCUACUACGGCCACAAUCAGUCUAUACACCCAACCACGGUCAGCUAGCCUUUUCAACCUAAGGGGAAGAGCUGACGAUAUCUGCGUUGGUGAAGAGUCAUUCCACAUCACCCUUAAUCCAAAAGAAAAGCAUUUUCAGCGCUUUGAUAUCCACGACAAAUCACAGCCCAACAAGUAUAGCUCAUACCAAGUGUUGGCUGUGUUUGGCAUGUAUAUUAGCCAACGAUCGCAGGUCUUGAUUAACGAUACAGUUCUUAUUGCUGGAUAUGUUACUGUUUAUGUUCAAGGUCCUAUGGCGCCUAAAAGAGAACGUUUUUGGGCUGUAUUGCGUGGUGUGAAACUCGAGAUGUAUGAUUUUGAAUACAGAGAGGCACGUUCAACUCGUUAUAUUCUACCUCUUGAUACACUUGUCGAAGCAUUCUACCCUAAUCUGAAUAAGGAUGAUAGGCAUCAGAUGAUGAAUGAAUCGCAUUGCCUUGCCCUACAGUUUUCUGAGAACUCUUUGAGUCCUUAUGAUGAACAAAAUCUUCAGGAGAAUUUAGAUUCUUUCGAAUACCGAAUGUAUAUGCUUGCUGAUACUGCCGAAGGUUCUCACGAUUGGCUCAAUGCUCUCAAUUUCGCAGCCUCCAUAUUUGAUGAGCUUCACAAUGAAUCACACGGGAAUAUGGAUAAUGGGUCAUUUACCAACAGUCAAGACAGCGAUCUUGGGAUGAGUUAUUCUAUAUCAUCUUGUACGGAUCCGAAUAAUCUCAAAACAAUCCCUGCCCAGUUUUUAUGGUGA